CAAUAUUUCUAUUUCCUUGCACAUCUACUGCACCACCGCCAAACUUCAGAGUUUCAAUGCCAACACAACCACCACCUACUCCUUGGCUUCCAAAUACCCGUUUCGCAGACCAAUCUCUCCUUCUCGAUGCCCAACCCAUUUUCGAUGUUUCGUUCGACGAUGAGUCGAUGUGGGGAGGGGAGACGAUGCUGGUGGACAACGGUAACAAAACGCAAGAGAAUAAGAACCUAGAAGCUUCAGACAAUGUGGAUGCUGGAGAUGAGGCCACGAUGAAUAUGACUUUGGACCUGGGGGACUAUUUGCCAGAUGAGGUCGACCAGAAAGAAGUCCGGCAAAAGGACAAGACUGUCAGCCAGGGGUCGAAUCGAAAACGAGGGUUAUCAGAAAUCAGCACGUCUGCAAUAUCCACAAGUACUACGAUCUCGGAUUCUUCAACGUCUUCUGCGACAGCCACGUCUCGCUUGGCGCACAAGCGCGAAGGUAGCCCUACUCCGUUGAGUGUCGCUGGCCCAUCAAAACGACCGAGAAGACCGAAGGAGAAGAACGAUGACCUUUUCUCACGGAGGUUAUCUGACUCGAAUCGACGGUCGAGCCUUACUCCUAUACCGCAGAUAUCCAUUAUCAUGACACCCUCCUCUGUAGUGAAAACGCAAGAGGAGACACGACUCAAGGCAAACAAAGCUCCAACUUCUUCUGUUGCUUUCGCAUCAUCAUCAUCUCAACCUUAUAACCAGUCCACGACUUCAUCAAACACUGCCAGUGCUCGAUUGAAAGCCCGGCUUCAUGCUGACGGCUCCAAAUCGGAACCAUCUAACAAUUCUACAAGUCACCAUGCACAGCAACCAGAGUCUUCUCGCCCGGCCCAAACCGUCUCAGAAAAGAGCUCAGCCUUGUCUCGCUAUCUAGCCAAGUCAACCGUGUUAGCGGCGAAGGAAAGCCAUGAAGUUCCAGCUGAGAAAGGAAAUCAAAAAGUCCCAAAUCCCUCCGCAACUGAGUCAAGUCACACUCAACAAUCGUCGGUCCCUCUCCCCAACACAUCACAGCUCCAGACUGUCACACUUACUCCGCAACCAUACGACAAUGGCGAGCCCGCGCCCGACGUUCCCCAUAACGGCUCUCUAAAGAGAAGGGAAUCACGGCGCUCGUCGAUAGGUGAAAAGGUCGUGAACUUUAUAUCAGGCCUAAUACGCCCGGCGACGCCUGCAACGGUCGAGAUUUAUCCGAAGGGGCAAAAAGAUGAAGAGCAGACUAAGGAAAAGCUGCUUUUCGAUCCACUGAAGGUAGCGCCAACAAUUGAUGAAAAGGAGAGAGUAGAAGCUACUGUAUCUCAGUCGGGUCGAAUCAGGCGGAAGGAAAGCGAAGGGGUGUCUCAUGUGAGGACCCUUACGAAGCCCGUCCCCUUUUCACGUCCUCUUCAUGUACGCGCCCCUCCUCAGAGAGAUGUCGAGGCGAAGGAACAACGAGCUAAGCAGCAACCCCUCGUUGCAAAAGCUACAGUUGUGGCUAUUUCCAAAGUCCCUAGUCGAGGACCGCUCCAACCAUCCCGUACGCAGCCAAACACCAAACCUGUCAGUAAAACAGGGCCGUCAUCUCCAAAUUCAAAGAAUAACCCUCCUCAUCUUCGUCCCGCCAGUACAUCCGCAUUUGCAUCUGCGGCGCUUGCCAAACUGCCACCGCCCGGAAAGGGCCACAAGGUUGCCGCGGAACCAAUCAAAGUGCGCGACGUAGAAAAGAUCCAUGAUAUAGCUGCUGUCCGUGGUGUUUUUGAACGACUCUCAUCUACGUCUUCCUCUUUGAACAGACCUCCCACUACAGAGUCAUGUACGAAAUCACAUGCCAACCGGCCUGGGGUCCUUCAGCGUACAGUUCCUAUCCGUGGACAUACACCCGGUAAAUCCUCUGCUCUCAGGGCACAACAGCGUGCAGUGUUUGAUCAAGCUGUGAAAGAGAAAAUGGAGGAAAAAGAGAAAAAGGAGGCCGAGGAAAGGCAGAGGAAAGAGAUGGAAGAGGAGAUGGAGUACCGGCGAAGGAGAAAAGAGACAGUUAUCAGAGCAAAUCCUGUACCGGAUAUGUACAGAGGCAGGAGGCAAUAGUAAACGAGAGAAAAUAGCACCCUGUAAUAAGAGUUGUGUUCUUUGUAGGAUGAACUUGCCAUAUGUUGUCAUGUGAUGAACAAUGAUAUGAUC